CUCUCACACAGACAGAUCAACUGAGCAGACGCAAAAGCGCGAACGUGUGCAGUUCUCUAUCACUAUGGGUGUCCGGGGACAUUUGUGAAUAAUUACCGGGGUUUGAAACCUUUGUAGACGAGGAAUCGGACUCUUUUGCGAUCGCUCGUGGGAUUUUCGCGCGGAUUCCCACUCCUAAAUAUAUUUUUGAAGGAAUUCGGUGUUCUCGGUGAAGGACGGAGUGCCAGUGUUUUCCGGUCCAAAGCACAGCAAAAGCGUCUGAAGGACUGAGAAUUUUUUUUUUGAGAAGCCGAAAAAAAUGUUACUGUCCAAGUUUGGAUCUUUUUCUCAUAUUUGCAACACAACCAACAUUGACCACUUGCCAGUGAAAAUUCAACUUCAAGCAGCCAAGACCGAAAGGGAGCCAUUUGACAAGGUGUAUCAUGUGGGCUCGGUGCUGGGAAGCGGCGGGUUCGGGACAGUGUACGCCGGUACUCGGAUCUCAGACGGUUUGCCGGUUGCUAUAAAACACAUCGCUAAGGAUAGAGUGACCGAAUGGGGUACGAUUAGCGGCUCGCUGGUUCCCCUCGAGAUUGUUUUAUUGAAGAAAGUCGGGAGUACGUUUCAGGGGGUCAUUACACUCCUCGACUGGUAUGAGAGAGCCGACGGCUGGCUGAUUGUAAUGGAGCGGCCGGAGAUGGUGAAGGAUUUAUUCGACUUCAUCACGGAGAAAGGCGCGCUGGACGAGGACACCGCCAGGCGCUUCUUCAGACAGGUGCUGGAGGCGGUGAGGCACUGCUACAGCUGCGGGGUGGUUCACCGGGAUAUCAAAGACGAGAACCUCCUGGUGGAUCUACGCUCGGGAGACCUGAAGCUCAUUGACUUUGGCUCCGGGGCCAUCCUCAAGGACACCGUCUACACAGACUUUGAUGGCACGAGAGUGUACAGUCCUCCCGAGUGGAUACGUUACCACAGGUACCACGGACGCUCGGCAACCGUUUGGUCCCUUGGUGUCCUACUGUACGACAUGGUGUGUGGUGACAUCCCGUUUGAACAUGAUGAGGAGAUUCUGAGAGGACGGCUCUUUUUCAGGAGAAGAGUCUCUCCAGUCUGUCAGCAGCUCAUCAAAUGGUGCCUCUGCUUGAGACCUUCUGACCGGCCCACUUUGGAGGAGAUCUUUGAGCAUCAGUGGAUGCGCAUGGAGGAAAGCCCGGAAGCGGAGAGCGGCAACAUCACACUUCACUCCAUCAGCUCAGAAUCGGGCAAAGAAAGCCUUUGAUGGAUGCGGGGACGGCGAGUGAAUGGACUCCGAGAUCUUUUUGCUCUUGUUCCCAGUCUGUUGGUUAUCAGGACUUCGGUUUAUGUUGCAUAAAUGUCUUUUUGAUUGUUUUUCUUGCUAAGGGUGAGUUGUUACCCGUAGGGACUGCGUGAGCAGCAAUGCUAGUGAUCCUUUGAUCUUACUGGUUGCUCUUAUAGAGCAUGGACAUUAUUUUCCUUUUAGACUAUCUUUUUAGUUUUCGGUGCCUUUUUUGAAAAGCUGCUUUUAUGGGAUUCAAGUCUCGAUAGACACCAGGAGGAUUUUCAUGGAUUUUAGGGGAA